UAUAAAAUAUAACCUUGACAUUGAAAAGAACGGCUGAUCGGUUGACAGGAGCGUCAUAUUUUGUUAUAGACGUGUGUGUGUAUUUUCGGGAGGCAAUCAUGGCGAAAUAUUUGGUUAUUACCACGACGUUGUUGGGAUGUGCGCUAUUACUCCAUGGAGUCAGUGCGAAAAAGCCGGCCAAAAAGCCCAGUCGCAGCAGCCAGGUGCGCGCGAUCAACAUGAACACUAAUUAUGCUCAAUGGAACAAAGCCAGUAUUCCAUACUGCUUGGACAGUAGCUUGACCACCGCCGAAAAGCAAGCAGUCACGGAUGGCAUCCAGACAUUCGUUAACGCCACGAAAAACGCCGGUGUAGCCUGCUUCAACUUCGUACAAAUGAAUUGUGCGGACUCUGUGUACAAGUUACAAUACCAAGCGCAAUCGGGAGCCGCCAGCUUCUCGGUUCCGGGAAUGAACACGGCACUGAAGAGUUCCGGAGCCUACAAUCAGGCCAUCAUCCUGUCGCGGGACGACGGCUGCAGUACCAAUACCCGUUGUGCGCAACGCUGGACCGUCUUCACCAUGGGCAAACUCAACGAGCACCAGCGUCUGGAUCGUGACCAGUCGCCAGGUCCUUUCAUCGCGAUGAAUUCGGCUAGCAUGUCGGCCAACAAUAUGACACUGUAUUACAGAAAAUACACUACCUCCGAAGCAUACCUUGCCACUUUGGGUUACGAUUACUGCAGCAUCACGCACAACCAGCCGACCGACUACGCCUACCCGGGCACGCAGGCCUUCACCGUAUUAAAGGCGCCCUACUGCAUUCCGCAGCAAAGCACCAUCAGCAACAUCGACUGCAAUCUGUUACUGCAAUGGUACAGCUGUCCCAAAGCGCCCUGCAGUGCAAUACCGUUGUGCUCGACGCAAACGUGUCCCACCACCGCCGCCCCUCCGUCUUCGACCACCCCGGCCAGCAGUGGCGCGACCAGCGCUGUUUCGGGCGCCACGGGUGCUUCCUCGGGAUCCACGUCGCCCGGGGCGUCUACCUCGCCCGUCUCCGGUUCGACCACACCGGCUCCGUCGUCAACAUCACCCGGCUCGACGAGCGCCGUCUCUGGAUCGACCAGCGCACCUCCUUCCUCCACAUCGCCCGGUGCAUCCACAUCCCCCGUUACCGGUUCCACGUCUCCGGCAUCAACCACACCGGUGUCCGGCUCCACAAGUCCGGCGCCGUCCUCCACUUCCCCUGGCUCAUCGACAGUGUCCGGAUCCACAAGCGCAUCCUCUGGACCGACAUCCCCCGCCUCGUCUACUGUGUCGGGAGCGACAAGCCCGGCGUCGUCAACCAGCCCAGGGUCCACCAGCGUUCCGCCUUCGUCGACAUCACCCGGAUCCUCCACAUCUGCGGGAUCAACAGUAUCCGGUUCCACCAGUCCUGCACCGUCCUCGACUUCUCCCGGUUCCACGGUGUCUGGAUCCACUAGCCCGGCCCCGUCAUCAGCUUCCCCGGGAUCAACAGGGUCAGGCUCAACCAGUCCUGCACCGUCGUCAACCUCCCCUGGCUCCACGGUAUCCGGAUCAACCAGUCCUGCACCUUCAUCCACUUCCCCAGGUUCAACUGUCUCCGGAUCCACCAGCCCGGCUCCCUCAUCAACCUCCCCUGGUUCGACCGUUUCCGGAUCAACCAGUCCUGCACCUUCGUCAACUUCCCCAGGCUCCACGGUGUCUGGAUCCACCAGCCCGGCUCCUUCAUCGACAUCCCCGGGGUCGACAGUAUCCGGUUCCACGAGUCCUGCUCCUUCAUCAACUUCACCAGGUUCAACCGUCUCCGGGUCGACAAGCCCAGCCCCGUCAUCUACUUCCCCAGGUUCGACUGUGUCUGGUUCCACUAGCCCAGCUCCAUCAUCGACAUCCCCUGGUUCCACGGUGUCCGGAUCCACGAGUCCUGCACCUUCAUCCACUUCCCCAGGUUCAACUGUCUCCGGAUCCACCAGCCCGGCUCCCUCGUCAACCUCCCCUGGUUCGACCGUUUCCGGGUCCACCAGUCCUGCACCCUCAUCGACGUCUCCCGGAUCUACCUCUCCGGCGCCUUCGUCGACCUCUCCAGGGUCCACAGUCUCGGGGUCGACCAGUCCAGCUCCUUCUUCGACUUCGCCCGGCUCCACGGUUUCCGGGUCCACCAGUCCGGCGCCGUCAUCCACUUCCCCCGGGUCAACCACCCCCGCAUUAUCCUCCACGAGCCCUGGCUCUUCGACCUCCCCUGCGGCAUCCAGCACAACCCCGGCCUCCACCACCACGACGCGCCCAACAACUACUUUAACUCCAACCACCACGGCGACCGGCACAACCACUCCUUUUACAGGAAGCACCACCGUUGGACCUUGCGUUGACUUUUGCCAGGAAUCAACGCCCAUCGAUGAAGCCACCCGCUUGUACAACACCACCAACUACUAUAUGUUCUCCGGUGACUGCAUGGUGCAAAUCGAUGAAACCAACAAACUAAUCGGGCCAUCGGUCCACAUCGGCACCAUUCUCCCCGGCGUCACAGGACCGGUAAAAUCAGCAUGGACCGAUAAAUAUUCCACAACGUUUAUUGUGACGGCCACGGCGGAGUAUAAAUGCACCCUGACGACUGGUUGUCAAUCCAUCAGUGCCGUCGAUAGUCCUACGUUACGCUGGGAAAAUUAUGUUACGCCAACUACGUUCAAUACAUACAGUUACAAUCCUGCCGGCACGUCCGCCUACACCAAUGAGAACGGAGGCGCUGUGACACCGGCAUUUGCUGUUACCUGUACCUCGGGAACCUGUAAUAUUGACAACGCCAACUGGAAAGCCGCUUACCUGGUGGCAGGACCACCGGGCGUCAAUAUCGUCACGGUGAUCGGGACAAAUACAGCCGGUGUACGGUAUCUGGCCUCCAUGAUGCCCGGCAAGCUCUUCAAUCCGUCGGCCAACGCCGACUCCUACCAGAUGAUUGGUGCGGGUACUCCGCUCACCGCGUCACUGGGCUGUCCUAACGCGGCGGCUGGAUAAAAGGGACAAUUUAUGUAUUGUGGAGCCUGAUUACAGAAUAGUAAAGCCUAAUUUAUUCUUGAACAUGUGGGCACGGUUUUCAUGUGACCCAAGUUCAGGCAAGCCGCAAAAUACAUGGGCGACAUCAUGAUUGUCAUAAAAGAUUUUGCUGUGUAAAGUCAGUAAUUAAUGCGCACCGGUCGUUUGAAAGAAAAUCGUGCGGUAUUGAUUUAGGUUUUAAGAGUGUAAUACUCCCCAAAAAUUCGCACAUCAACACAGAA